AUUUCAUGAGCGGGAAUUUUCCCUCCAUUUCUAUGACCUCUUUGUCAUUCACGACUCACGAGUACAGUUUAAUGUUUUUAUUGACAUUCCACAAUUAAUCUCUUCACCAUUUACCAAAUCUGGAGAGAGAAACAAAGAGAGAGAAAUAACCCUAAUACGGAGUAGUUUUCACAAUUAAUUCCUCCACCAUUUACCAAAUCUGGAGAGAGAAACAAAGAGAGAGAAACAACCCUAAUAGUUUCCUCCGCCUUCCUUUUUUGAAUCUUGCCGGCGCUAGUUGACAUAAUCCAAACUUGAAAACUUUUACCAGCUUCUUUUGCAUCAGAUUUCUACAAUAUAUGGAUGGCGGAGGAAUAGUAAUACAAAUAUUCAAAUGUGGCCACGUUCAUUGCUACUUUUCAGUAUGAAGUCACAUGUCAUUUAGUCCACAUCCUCUCGCCAGCCUUUUAUUGCCGUUUACCAUCAGCUUUAAUAAUACUCCCAACAAUAAAUUUAUAUAUAUAGUCCUAUGAAAGAGUUAUUCAGGUCACCAUUUUUAGCCACCAUGAGCUACCAAAUGUCCGAUAUAUGGUCAAUUCUCAUAUUGGCAGCUCCAUUUGUUGCAACAUUAAUUGCAUUUGUAUUCUUAAUCGAGCAAAUCACAUACCUUAAAAAGAAAUCAGUAGCACCAGGCCCGACCCUGGUUCUUCCCUUCCUCGGUAAUGUCGUCGGUCUCAUUCGAAACCCAGAGAAGUUCUGGGACGAUCAGGCGGACUAUGCCAAAUCGUCCCCCCUCGGGAUUUCCGUCAAUUAUAUCAUUGGAAAGUUUAUGGUGUUCACUAGGGACUCAGAGAUGAGCCACAAGAUCUUUGCCAAUGUUCGUCCAGAUGCAUUCCAAUUGGUCGGUCACCCCUUUGGGAAGAAAUUGUUUGGUGAACAUAACAUGAUUAACCUUUAUGGUCAAGAACACAAAGAUUUACGUCGAAGAAUUGCUCCAAAUUUUACACCCAAGGCAUUAGCCACUUACUCUGAUAUUCAACAAAUUGUGAUUCUCAAACAUCUUACUCGGUGGGUUGAGAAUAAUGAGUCGAACCCAGUUGCGCUUCGGCUAAUGGCUAGAGACAUGAAUCUGGAGACCUCUCAAACUGUCUUUGUGGGGCCAUAUCUCGACAAAGAAGAACGUGAUGAGUUCAAAGUGGACUACAAUUAUUUCAAUGUUGGUGUUCUUGCUCUCCCUAUUGACUUGCCAGGUUUCGCGUUUCGAAACGCCAGACUCGCGGUGGAUAGAUUAGUCAAAAGGCUCACCCGGUGCGUAAAGGAAAGCAAGGAAAAGAUGGUUGAAGAUGAGGAACCUACAUGCCUGGUUGACUACUGGAUGCAAGGUUUGGUAAACGAGGCAAGAGAAUUAGAACAACCGCUACAAUCUCCGUCGCCGUCACCGCCGCCGCCAAAUUGUAGCAACCAUGAGAUUGGUGCACAUAUAUUUGACUUCCUGUUUGCAGCACAAGAUGCAUCAACAUCGGCCUUGUUAUGGGCAGUCACAUUACUAGACUCACACCCAAAAGUCCUGAAAAAGGUAAGAGAAGAAGUUGAGUCAAUAUGGAAGUUUGACUCCAACAAACUCAUCACACCGGAGCAGCUAGUGUCAAUGAAGUACACCCAAGCCGUGGCACGUGAGGUGGUUAGGUGUCGUGCACCCGCUACCCUCGUGCCGCACAUGGUACACCAGGAUUUUCAACUAGCGGAGAAUUUCACUAUUCCAAAGGGUGCAAUCGUCUUUCCAUCUGUUUAUGAAUCUUCCUUUCAAGGAUUUACUGAAGCGGACCGGUUUGACCCGGACCGGUUCUAUUUGGAGGAAAGGAGGGAGGACCAAAUAUACAAGAGGAAUUAUUUGGUGUUUGGAUCGGGUACUCACCAUUGCGUUGGCCAAAGAUAUGCACUUAAUUUGCUCGUCAUCUUCAUCGCUAUGUUUACUACGUUGAUUGACUUCAAACGACACCGUAGUGAAGGUUGUGAUGAUCUUAACUUUUGUCCUACUAUUUGCCCCAAAGAUGAUUGUUUGGUUUCUCUCUCUAAAAGGUGUGCCAACUUCCCUGUUUUGUCUCUCCCUUGAUGAUAUUACUCUUAUCAUCCUUUCUUUUUUUCAUGAUUGAAUGCUAUCAUUUUUUUUUUUGUGAUAAUCUGAUUGAAUGUUAUCAUUAUUGAACAAAAAUUUGUUAUUUAAAUUUCUGUAUCUUCUUUUUUUACGGGAAAAUAAUAACCGUAAAAAAAAAGUUGUAACAGGAAAAUUGAUGCAUUUAUGUAAAAAUUAUUUCCAUGA